AAAUCAUCCCUACCCUUUAAUAAGAAAUUCAGUUCAGGGAGCUAAGAUCUAAAAAUUUACGGACCUACGGAGCAUGCUCAGUGGGAAAAAAAUGGUCCAAACCAACAUUUCUUUUAGCAGAGAGUUAAAAAAGAAAAAAACUUCCAAGAUGAGUUGGGGAUGCGGAAGGGGAAGGGGUGCUAAAGCUAGUAUUAAAUUAUAAUUUAUUAUAUAUAUCAUAUUUGAUAUUUUAUUACUAAUUCCAUAUGGUGAUAAUUUAUUUGAUUAUGAACAGAUAACUUUUCCCUUUUGCUUUCAUUAGUCACCUAGAUAAUCGAUUUAGCUUUCUGAGUCUACAACAGAUGAGAUGAGGCUGCUUUAUCGGGCUCAGGAGAUUUCUUUCAUUAGUCAAUGGUUGGGCUCGUUCUAGCAAAUAUUCUCAUGCUAUCAUAGCCCUUUCUAUGGCUUGUGAAUCCCCUACUCAUCUUCUUCUCCAUUCCAUGGCUUGUGAAUCCCCUACUCAUCUUCUUCUCCACCACCUUUGCUGGCUUUGACGCCCCAAAGGCAAUCUCCAUGGCUGCUGCAAACGGAGUCGAUUGGUUACUCUUCGGCUCAGAAUUCUCAUAAGCGUUCCCAUCGAAAAUACACAGAAUCUCGAGAAACCUAUCGAUUGGUUACUCUUCAGCUCAGAAUUCUCAUAAGCGUUCCCAUCGAAAAUACACAGAAUCUCGAGAAACCUAUCGACGUUCUACAGAGAUUUACCUUUGGAAUCUGGACGCUGCAUUGGCCUCUUCGCCAACCAACUCUUCCGGCUGCCCUUCUUGCCAAAAUUGGCUCCUUUGCCCAAUGUGGCCACUGCUUCAACAUUGUCUUUGUUCCUUUAGAUUUUCCCCUUCUACUUUUUUUGGGUUAGACAUAUUCUUGCCGGCAAAGUCAAAGCAGCAUCGUGGCCACCAUCCUCUACUUUACUAGUAAUUUAUUUAAUUAUAAAUUGAGAAGUGUUAGGUCCUAUUGGGGUUCACUCUCUUUCUAAUCAGGGAGGCGGCGGCACUCUGAGAAAAGUAGAAUGGGACCCGAAGAUCAGGCGAACCAGCUUCCUCAAGUGUUGGUUCUAGGUCCGCCUCCGGUAUUCCCAUAUCUGGAAUCCCAAUUCCCAAACAGAUUCCAUUUCCUAAAACCAUGGCUUUCCCAUCUCCCUCUAACCCAAUUCCUUAUCUCUUAUGCCCAAUCCGCCACAGCCUUACUUAUCCGAGGCGGUGGAACUGUCCAACUCACAUCCGCCAUUCUCGACUGCCUCCCCUCGCUCCAGCUCGUGGUCACUGCCAGCGUAGGUGUCGAUCACUUGGAUUUGCCGGAAUUACGCCGGCGUGGGUUGGCUAUUGCCUAUGCAGGAAAUGUGUUCACUGAAGAUGUCGCCGAUAUGGCGAUUGGAUUACUAAUCGACGUUCUUAGGAAAGUGUCGGCGGGAGAUCGGUUCGUGAGGCAAGGGCUUUGGUCAACGAAAGGGGAUUUUCCUCUCGGAUUAAAGUUGAGCAGCAAGCGAAUUGGAAUCGUUGGAUUGGGGAAAAUAGGCUCUGAAGUUGCUAAAAGGCUGGAGGGUUUUGGCUGCAAAGUCUCAUAUUACUCGAGGAUCAAAAAGUCAAUGGCUCCAUAUUCCUACUAUUCCAAUGUAUAUGAGCUUGCAGCCAACUGUGAAGUACUCAUAAUUUGUUGUGCGUUGACUGAGGAAACCCACCAUAUAAUCAACAAGGAGGUGAUGGUUGCAUUAGGAAAAGAUGGAGUGAUUGUCAAUAUUGGUCGUGGUGCGAUCAUCAACGAGAAGGAGAUGAUUCGGUGUUUGAUUGAAGGGGAGAUUGGUGGAGCUGGGCUGGAUGUGUUUGAGAAUGAACCCAGAAUUCCUGAAGAGCUCUUUCAUCUUGAUAAUGUUGUAUUGACACCGCAUGUUGCUGUCGGAACAUAUGAAUCUCGAAUGGAAUUGUCUAAGUUGAUGGUGGAGAACUUAGAGACAUUCUUCUCAAACAAAUCUCUUGUGUCUCCCUUUGUGGAUUAAUUAUGGUGCAGUUUUCGGCUGAGGGAGGUUGGUUUCUUGACAAAAAGGAGACUCCUAAAACUUGACAACAAAGCCACGCUGAUGUAUUGGUGUAUUUGACCAUUUCUUUUAGCUCAUCAAUACAAGGAUUCAAACUUCUCCUUUUGGUCAAGAGUAGAAUGUCUAAGAGAUUUUUUUUUUCAUCCAUUAGUUUCUGAAUUUUCCAUCUCAAAUUCUGAUGAGAAUAAAGCUUUUUAAAUGCGGAA